AAGUUUAUAUAUAUAAAUGCACAGACACAUGUACAUACAUACACAGACACAUGUACAUACAUACACAGACACAUGUACAUACCUACACACAAACACACACACACAUGUACAUGCACACACACACAGACACAUGUACACACACACACAUGUACACACACAUACAUGUACACAUGUACAGAUACACACAUGUACAUACACACACACACAUGUACACACACAAACACACCCCACUAUAAAAAGUUGUUCACUCACAGAGCCGGGUAUUGCACUCUAGGGGGAGGAAGAGAGCACAGCACACACUCCUUCCUUUGCUUUCACUGCGCUUAGCUAUUGAGCAGCCUGCCGGCUCCCAGUGCCAAUGACAGAUCCAGCCUGAGCUCCAAGCCUGCUCAGCAAGAUGGCCCUGGGGGACACACUCGCCCCCACCAUAAUUUCCACUCGCCAUUGGUGAGCAGGCGAGUGGAAAUUUCAAGGCCUGCUUUA